AUGCCAGAGACAACGCAAGAGACGUGCGCUUCGGCCAAGGACUCUCCUUUCUUCAUUAAGAACCUGCUGAACUGUGAUAGCAAGCCGUCCAAACCCAGACCCGUGCUGGCCGCAGCCCGGGCGGCCCUGGAGGGAGGGUUUUCCCUUUCCCAGAUCGGGGACUUCAGCUUUCCGCGCUUUGACCUGCCCGCACAGAGGUUCAGUCUACCGGCUCACUACCUGGAGCGCAGCUCGGCGUGGUGGUAUCCCUACGCCCUGAGCUCCUCCGCCCACCUGCACAGAGCCGAAGUCAUCGACAAACUGGUAGCCAGAGACUCUUCUCCCACCUCGGGCACGGACAGAGACUCGCCGGACCUGGUUCUCAAAUCCGAGCCUGACGUCAAAGACGACGACGACGACGAUGAACACAACAACAACAAAAGUGGCGACGAGAUCAUCCUGGAGGAGAGCGACGCGGAAGAUCCCAAAAAAGACGACCUGGAGGAAUGGAAGAAGAGGGACGACGACAAGAAGCCGUGCCGCAAGAAGAAGACGCGCACGGUGUUCUCCCGGAGCCAGGUGUUCCAGCUGGAGUCCACCUUCGACAUGAAGCGGUACCUGAGCAGCUCGGAGCGGGCCGGCCUAGCGGCGUCCCUCCACCUGACGGAGACUCAGGUGAAGAUCUGGUUCCAGAACAGGAGGAACAAGUGGAAAAGGCAGCUGGCCGCAGAGCUGGAGGCGGCCAACCUGAGCCACGCCGCCGCGCAGAGGAUAGUCCGGGUGCCCAUCCUCUACCACGAGAGCUCGGCCUCGGAGAGCGGAGGCGCCGGUGGCAGCGUGCCCGUGAGCCAGCCGCUGCUCACCUUCCCGCACCCGGGCGUCUACUACUCCCAUCCCAUAGUCACGUCCGUGCCGCUGCUCAGACCGGUUUGA